AUGACAAAUUCAUCAGGAGAGUUUGAUGGAAAACGGGAGAUGGCAGAAAAAGACGCCAAAAAUGAUGACUUUGACCAAACCCAUACUCCCAUCGACCAAGGCACCCAAGUUCUCUACAGUGCAGCAGUCAACAAAAACGGGAUCAGACUUCACCCACAGCCAACUGCAGACUCUUUAGAUCCAUUGAACUGGUCAAGAUUUCAAAAACAUGUCAUACUAUCCAUUGUUAUGUUCAAAUAUUUCCUAUUCACAUACCUCACGACCACCACUGUUCCCUCAUUCACAGAAAUCCAAGACCAGUACCAGAUCAGCUACUCGCAAGUCAACUGGACAGUCGCCGUGCCUGCACUAGGGUUAUCCGUCGGACCCUUGAUAUGGUCAUCACUUGGUGACACCUAUGGUCGAAGAACGGUGUUCUUAGUCGGAACGGUCAUAUCCCUAGUCUCGACUAUUUGCGCUGCUGUCGCUGAUACAUAUUCGGGGUAUAUGGCUGCCCGUUUCUUCCAAGGAUUUGGAGUGAGCCCAGCAUCUACAGUCGGGAUGGCGGUCGUGAGCGAUUUAUUCUUUGAUUAUGAGCGUGGCCAGAAGCUUGGGCUGUGGGUUCUAGCGAUUGAUGCUGGGUUACUUCUAGGUCCAACUUUUGGCGGAUUUCUGGAUCUUGUCAGUGCGGCAUGGAUCAAUUGGUUCAAUGCCAUCCUCUUCGCCGCGCUACUACUCCUCGAGCUUUUCUUCAUGCCAGAAACCCUCUAUCCCCGCAACAAGAUGCUUCAGCAAAUGCCCCGUCUUGAUGACCACAGAGCUCUGUCUGGUGAUAUCGAGAAGCAGAUAGCAGGGGGAAAAACUACACCAACGUCUCCAGCAGAGACGUUACCAUCAGAGCUACGCCGAACCAAGAACCUGCCUUUCAUUAACUGGCGUCCUAUCCCCGGUAUACGGCAUCCCAAGCCGUGGGACUCCAUCAUCCGGUUUGUGUUGACGUUCCAGCUACCCGCAGUCGUCAUCGCAGUUAUCGGAUACUGCUUUGUCUGGUAUUGGUGGGUGAUAUCCGUGAUUACGGUGGUACCUGCAGCUUAUGCAAGCUACACGCCUCUCAUUCAGGGAUUGUUGUUCCUCGGGCUGUUUCUUGGAACUGUGAUUUCGGAGAUUGGGUGCUCCGGGCGACUGAGUGAUUUUAUUGUCGAGAGAUUGUCCAGGAAGAAUGGCAAUAUCCGCGUUCCGGAGAUGCGGUUGUGGUUGGCGUACCCAGCUAUAUUGAUCACCACUGUUGGGUUAAUUAUCUGGGGAGUUAGCAUCGACAAAAACUACCACUGGAUGGUAGGCCAGGUAGCAUUCUUUUUAUUUGCGGCGGGUAUCCAGAUCGGCAAUACAGUAACUACCAGCUACAUUGCUGACUGCUAUCCCUUACAAACAACCAGCGUGAUUACUUUCUACGCCGUAUUUCUGAACCUAAGCGCUUUCAUCAAUCCCUUCUUUAUUGCGCCGUGGCAAGCGUCUUCUGGUUGGACCUGGACGUUCACUGCCCAAGGACUUAUUACACUUGCUGGCGGGUGUAUUGUGUUUGGCGUUUUACAUAUAUUUGGGUCUUGGAUGCGCGCAAAAGCACCGCAGCCGUCAUGGGUCAAUCCGGAGUUUGAUAUGGAUCCUUAA